UGGUCAUUUCAGUUCCCUUCAGAGACCCGUGGACGGUACCCCUUAACCGUUCAACCUUUCAUAGAUAACGAGAAAUCCCCGCAAACAACGGCCCUCGCUGCUUGAUGGAGUUGGAGAAAUUGCAGUCGCAGUUGAAAAGCCAACUUCAGCAACACCAGAUUCUUAUUCAUCAAAUAAAGACAGAUCCACAGAAUCCCGACCUUCAGAAAAAGUUACAGAGUCUUCAAGCCCAUAUUACAAGUUUAAGCGAACAACAGAGUCAUGUUGUGAAGCAGUUGAGGCAAGAAUUAAUGAACAAAGCAGAAUUUAGGGGAGAGGAAAACAAUGUAAAAUCACCACUAAGUGAUAACCAUUCAAACAACAUCACCUCACCGGACAACAAGGAAGCAGUAUUUGCAUCGAGUAAACCUCUGGUCAAAAUAGAGCCUUCCAUUAAAAUGGAGAUGUCAAUCAAAACAGAACCACAGGAUGUUAAGCCCUUUAAGGUUGCCUCUCAGCAGAAGCCGCUGCCGAUCCAGCUCCCAAGAAUAAAGCCAAAGCCACCACCUGUGGUUCUUGUCACCCCUCAGACUAUUGCCGGUGUGCAGAUGAGCCCAAUGUUUUCUCCCGUUCAUCCUCAGUCUUCCAUGAAAGGUUCAGUCAACAUUACUACACCUUAUCAACAGAAUAACAGAGCUCCUCAGAGUUCAUUCAGACACGGUGGAAGACCAUUCCCUACUCAUCAUCUUCAGCCAAUACUGCCACGCCCCACUCCUCAAAGCAAUUCUUUACCAAUUCAGGAUACUGGAAAACAAGCAAUAAAGACUAUUGAACCCAAGAAAAUGGAGUUCAUGGCUGCUCUUGGACUUAUUACACCACAGACGUUGAUUGAAAUUCAGCUCAAGAGACAAGAACGGAAAAGAAGGAGUACUUGUAUAUCUCCACAGAAUGCACUAGAUAUAGACCCAGAGCCCAAACGAAUUAAGAAGAUAACAAUGUUACCAGUUAAAAGAGGCAGAGGUCGACCUCCCAAGUUCAACAGUGCACCAAACUCACCAAAACCUACUUCACCUGUCCCUAAUGGUUUUGCUGAAAAUGGAAAGCUCAAAAAAUUUAAAUAUAAGCGCUUUGUUACAAUGGAUUCUCCAGUUGAUGAGGAUGAUAAUCAUGAUGAAGUAUGUGCCAUCUGUAAAGAGAGUGGAGAACUACUGCUUUGUGACACUUGUAAUUUAGUUUAUCACAUGAGCUGUCUAGAUCCUCCGCUAACCUCUGUUCCUCCUGGCAUGUGGCUUUGUCCUAAGUGUCGGGAAAGAGUCAAAGAGGAUGAACCCAUGCCUUGGCCUGGUACUUUAGCAGUGGUACAUUCAUACUUAGCACACAAAACAGCAAAAGAAGAAGAAAAGAAUAAACUCUUAAAAAGAAGUGAAGAGUUAAAAGCAGAGAGAGUUGAACUAGAGGCCAAAGCUAAGCAGCUCAGUAAUGCAAUCAUGGAACAGAUGCAGGCCAAAAGUGAACUCUCAGCCAGCAACAAAUCCGCACAGAAUUCUGUUGAUAGAUUGAUUAAAUUUAUUGAAGUGGUUCAGAGUUUAUGACAAGAAUUAGUUUUUCUCUUGAAUUAACUCUGAGAAUAUUUAUUGAAACCAUUGUUUUCAAAUUGGUUUGUUAAUGUUAAUUGUUUAUCAGAAGAUAUUUGCUACAAAAUGUCGGAUUGUAUGAACUAUUUUUUGGGUUGCGCAUAUGUUUCAGUGCAUUUUGUAAGCGUUGUAGAUAAUAAUAUACAUAAUUAACAGAGAAGAUUGUUGCAUUUUGUAAUAGGAAGAAAAGCACAGAUGUUGUUUGCAAAAGUAAUAAAAGUACGUAGUGAUACUGAAUUUAA